AUGCGUCUUCUCCUCGUGCUGCUCCUCUAUUUUUGCCCAAAUUCGUCGGCGGACCUUUGUUCUCACUGCGACUGCGACUUUCUCUCGCACUCGGUCGUCUGCAACCGCCCGUCUUUGCUCGUGCGCACCGUCAGCAUGCUCGCGAACAUUCGCCAACUUCAUCUCUCCGGACUCAGUCUGCCCCAGCCGCCGCACUUUCUUUUCCAUCCGAAUUUGCGCAUUUUGCGGAUGAGCAAGUGCGGAAUGCUCGAGAUUCCCGGCAGUACGCUCCUUCCGCUGCCCGGUUUGGAGGUUUGAUUCUUGCCUUUAUUUUGAGCCAAAAAAAAAACGUUUCCAGGUCAUCGAUCUGUCCAACAAUCAUCUCGAAACGCUGCCGCCCACGCUUUUCCGUUCGCUCAAACUCUUGCGCGUCCUCAUUUUGGCCAACAACAAAAUUUCGAAUUUGGACCAAUUGGCGUGGAUUUUGGCGCCGGGGAUAGUUCUCGAACAACUCGAUCUUUCGGGCAAUCCGAUUGCGAUUGCCACGUCGAUGACGACGAUGCCGGCGGUUCGGCAACUGUUUUUGGCUGAUACUCGCAUGGAAAGUGUCAACGAAACGGCCAUUAUGUUCAAGGUAAGCGGAUUUUCGAAAAAAAAAUCGAUUCUGGGGGGACUUUGUUUAAAAAUCGGCAAAAAUCUCAGGCUCUCCCGGGAAAAUGCGAAAAGCAAGUGUGUCGUCACUUGCCGAUGCACAAUUUGAACACCUCGCUGCUCACAACCGUCGACUUUUCCUCGAAUAAUGGUCUGGAAAUCGAUUCCGGCGCUUUGGACGUCUUCUCGAACGCGACUUUUGUCGAUUUGAGCCACGCACGCUUGCCGCUCGGAUUCGAGGAGUGGCUGGAGAGGAAGAGCCGCGUCAAGAGCUUGAACAUCAGUCACAGCCAGGUACAGUUAUCCUUUUCUUUUUCGUGCCGAGACCUUUUUUUUUUAAUCUUUUUCGCCGUUCAGAGUUUUCGGGUGGUGUAGUGGGUUUUUUCUAUCAAUCUGAAGAUCAGGGUUCAAUUCCCACUAAAAGUUUUUCGCUUUUUGUCAAGUUUAAUUCAAUAGUAGAAACUUUUUUGGUUAAGUUCGAGGAUCUAAUGAAAUGUAUUGUAGCUGCCACUUCACGAGGACACCUGGACGGCUUGCGGUCAAUUUUUGCACAGUUUGGACAUUUCCGCGAUCGGAGCGAAGCGUAUGCGGCUCGCCAGAUUUUGUCCGAUCAGGUACGUCGUAGUACUGUAUAAUUUCUUGAAUUUCACCUAAACCUUGCAGAACAGUAUUCGCGCGCGACAAUCUGCUGUCGACGGUGUACAUCGACGCGAUCUCGGUGGAAUCGCUGCAUUUGGAACGGAACAUGUUCAGCGACUUUCCGAUUCCGCCGCCCGGAGUGGAGCUGACCGAACUGCACACGCUCGCACUUUCGCAUAAUUUGAUGACGUCACUGCCGCCGCACGCACUCCAAUCCUACCCCAAUUUGCAACAUUUCGACGUGUCCAAUAAUCAACUUAGCGAGGUAAACCCCCCAUUGUUUCGUUUCACAAUUUUACACCCAAAACCCUUCUAGAUCGAUCCGCAGGCGUUCCCGUCGAUCGGACUGGGCCUAAUCUCGCUGGACCUCUCCUCCAAUCAGCUGUCCUCUCUGCCGCACCCGAUCCUUCCGUCUCUGCUCCUUCUCGACCUCUCCUCCAACACCGUUUCCCAUCUGGACCCCCACUUUUUCACGGGUCUGCCGAUGCUCCAACAAAUGCGAAUCGCCUCGAAUCCCACACUGUUUUCGAGGUGUCCGAAUGCGAAUUCGCCGUGUUGGAGCGAUCAUUUGGACGAGUUGACGAGUCUCGUCGAUUUGGACAUUUCCAAUAGCGGACUCGAGUUCUCGCUUCACUUGAAACAUUUGAGAACUUUGAAGGUACGCUACUCAAUGCUUUUAGGCCAAUUCUAAAAAUUUGCAGAGCCUACUGCUACGUGGCAACGAAAUCCGUACAAUCGACGCGAAAUCGCUGCCGGACAACUUACGAACGCUGGAUUUGGGCGAGAAUCGCAUUCAGUUCACUUCGAAUUUUUCAAAAUUACAACAAUUGAGGUAUAAAUCAUGUGACUUGUUGUUCUAGAACACGUAUUUUUCAGAGACCUGCGCGUGGAUCAAAACCCGCUCCGUUGCGACUGUUCCCUCUACGAUAUCGUGCCGCACUUGCUCAAUCAGACCCAGAUUUCCGAUCCGCUCCUUUAUUACUGCUUUUCCGGUGAGUGAGGAGUCGCUCGGCGUUGUCGACACACAUUUUCCACAAACAAAGUGUUUACAGGCUCGUGGCAGUACCCUCUACUCCCGUAUUUGGCGUCGGUGAAGCCGUGCACCGACUCGACGCGCAACUUUUAUUCCAUUCUAAUUUCCACGUUUCUCGUCGCGUUCGCCAUCGUCGCCGCGCUCAUUUUCGGCUUUUUGGCCUAUCGGAAGUGGUCCGAGAGGGCCAAUUUUGUAUAUAAACGCAUUGCGCUCGUCGAUUCUCCUGUCAGGCUUUGA